UUUAAUAUCGGUUUCGGCAAUACGGUCAAAGGAGUAUUCGUCUUUCAAUGUUGAUGACGUUGGUUUAUACAAAUCCUCAAAUGCGAUGGUUUGUUCAUUUAUAUACAACACGACAGAAAGCUUACUUUCGUUCUAGCCUAUAUUCUUUAGAAUAGAUUGUCAGUCAUAAACGGGCAUUUGAAUUUCACUAGCCAUCCAUGCAACCAUUUAUCUGUAACUAAAUGUAACUACAACGCAUGCGCCUCAAUUACGUCCGGGUAUCAUGUAAGGGUAUCACAUCCUGGUCCUGACGGUCGUAUGAUUACCUACGAUAGUGUUAUCUCAGUUCAACAGUCCUCCUCACAAUAACAAUGGGACAGGAAUCCGUAGACAGCGGUAUUGGAGAUGAACGACAGCGUGUAGCCGUCACAACAGACAAGCCAUACUCAGGUAUUGCACAUUUAAUACAUGAAAAUGGAAUAGAAAUAGGGACAGGAUUUCUCGUCAAACAUGGCGGCGGGACAUUUUUAGUGACUGCAGCUCAUUGUUUAUGGGACAAAAAAAAGAGAGCAUUAAUAGCUAAAAUUCACAUCAGUCUUGGGAGGGAUGAAACACGUCAUCCAUUUGGAACAAUCACAAAGAAAGCAGUGGACUUUGAAGUUCCUCGGGAAUAUAUGGAAACACGUGAUCGCAAGAACGACUAUGGAAUCAUCCGUCUUGACAAGGAGAAACACAAAGUCGACGAAUGCUGUGCCUUUGACCUUGAACCACGAACGGAUGAAUACAUCGAGAGUCAGGACCUGUAUAUGGCUGGUUAUCCCGGGAUUCCAGAAGAGCAGAAAGAGGGCGUCCCUGGCUGCCCACCUGGCACUCAGUGGGAAAUCCAGUUAACAACAGUCACUGUCAACGAGCGAAGAUUACAUUACCGAGAUGCUACUACACCUGGCAACAGUGGGUCCCCGGUGUACGAGCUGAAGAACGGCAGAUAUGUGGCACAUGGGAUUCAUACACAUGGUAUUGGCGAGGAUCAAACGUCAAAUUCAGCUGUUCGGAUUGAUGUUGAUGCCCUGAUGGAACUUGUCAAGCCGACGUCACAUGGCACCAGGCCGCAGGAUUCUCCACCGCAGCAAGAUGGGAAUGCACCCAACGACAACCACUCUGAACCAGAAAAGUUGGGUUGGUUCCAGUAUCUGUGGAACAUGGUCACAUCACUAUUAUAUGUCCCAUUGAAAAUAGUCACAUUAUUAAGUCAGAGUGCUGCUCCUGUGUGGAAAUCAAUUGUAGCUUUUUUUUCUGCUUAAUUUGAACAUUCUGACGGUUAGUAGGUUGUUGAAUUAAGCAGCUAGGGAUAAUAAUACAUAAUAAUUGAUGUUUGUAGCUAGUAUUGGUAUUGAUUCACAUCACUUAAUACUUUCACAUUUCCACAUUGACCUGCAAUUUGGUGUAAGUUACCAAUGUAUUUUAUAACUAAUAUACUGCUGUAUUGUAGAUAGGUAUGAAUAUAUCAUGUUCGUGUUUUAAUGUACAAGGACAUUGUGACGGUUCUGGGCGAAGGGAUUGGAGUAGAGCUUUGGGUGGCGAAUUAUGGAUCACUCCCUAAACCACCAAUCGCUCAGUUUUAAUCAUUUAAAUUAUCAAGAAUAAUUUCACAGUAACGAAAUACAAAAAACAACACUUUUAUUACAUUAUAAAAAAAUAUAAUUAUUCUUUUGACAGUAUUACAUUCAGUGGUGGCACGGGUGGCCCCGUCGUCUAAGGCGCCGCGAUUCGCUGUGCAGAGUUGCGUCCCCUGGGCACGCCAG